CUUUCUCUCUCCUCCUAAAUCCUCGCCGAGACAAAGAAGAGUGCGCCUGUGAGAAAUUUACACAAGGAUUCUUAACUUUUCUCUACCUUUCCAAGAUCAAAUCUUUAGAUCGGCCAUGGCUUCAACCAAACUUCGCGAGAAAUUCGUUUACAUCGCUAAGCUCGCCGAACAGGCUGAGCGCUAUGAAGAAAUGGUUGAUGCUAUGAAGAACGUAGCGAAACUCGACGUUGAGUUGACGAUAGAGGAGAGGAAUCUGCUGUCUGUUGGAUAUAAGAACGUGAUCGGAGCUAGGAGAGCUUCGUGGAGGAUUCUUUCUUCGAUUGAACAGAAGGAAGAAUCUAGGGGGAAUGAUGUGAAUGCCAAACGGAUCAAGGAGUAUAGGAAUAAGGUUGAAAUUGAGUUAACUGAUAUCUGUAAGGAUAUCAUGAUUGUUAUCGAUGAACAUCUCAUUCCUUCGUGUCCUGAAGGAGAAUCCUCGGUGUUUUACUAUAAGAUGAAGGGCGAUUACUAUCGCUAUCUGGCUGAGUUUAAAGUUGGGAAUGAUAAGAAAGAUGUGGCUGAUAAGUCUUUGAAAGCAUAUGAGGCAGCCACAACCACAGCUGAAUCUGAGUUACCUCCUACACAUCCCAUCAGGUUGGGAUUGGCUUUAAAUUUCUCUGUGUUCUACUACGAAAUCAUGAACUCACCUGAAAGGGCUUGUCACCUAGCAAAGCAAGCUUUUGAUGAAGCGAUUUCAGAACUCGACACUCUAAAUGAAGAUUCAUACAAAGAUAGUACCUUGAUUAUGCAACUUCUUAGGGAUAACCUAAACCUUUGGACAUCUGACAUCAAUGAAGAUGGAGAAGAGUCGGUGUCGAAAGCUGGUGGUGGCAUCGAUGCAGAAUGAUGAAGAAGAAGCAAGUAAAGUUGGGGAGCUGUGUAGAUUGCAACAUUCAGCCAUAUAUUAUAUAUAUUGGAGCAUUUCAUAAGCGGGGGAAACAUUUUUUUUUUUCUUUUUUCCGAAAAUUACAAUUAGUCUCUUCUUCUUCUUCUUGUUCUUAUUUGGUAUAUUUCAUGUGUGUUUGAUUUGAUCUCCUCCCUCCUUAAGCUUGAUUUGCUGGACAAGUUCAUUUGUCUUAUUUUAAUGUCUUUAAGGUGAAUGUAGCUUUAAAAGAACCAACAUAUGUUUGCUUUCUCUCUGGGCUACACUAUUAUUUUAUCU